AUGGCCAGACCGGGACACGGCAGGAGCCAUGGAGGGUCAUUGGAGGAGGAGGAUGAGGAUGAGGAGGGUGAGGACCCGGUGGAUGCCAUGAUCUCACGGACGGGCUGCCUGGCCCAGCACCGGGAGCUGCAGGAGUGCAUGGCCAGGAGGCAGGAUUGGCGCCACUGCCAACCCCAGGUCCGGGCGUUCGGCGAGUGCAUGGCACGGCGGCAACGUGCCGAGGAACCGCGCCGGGCGGCCACCUCAGGCCAAG